AUGGCAGAGGGCAAGCUUGCAGAAUACACAGUCGAUCCAAUUUUGCGCCAAAUCAAGUACUUGUUCUUCUACAACAGAAACAUUCAGAAUUUGAAGGACAAAGUUAAAGAUCUUGAAGAUAGGAGAGAUGACGUGAAACGAGAGGUUGAUGCUGCUGAACAAAAUGCUCGAAUCAUCAGGAAAGAAGUUUCCGCUUGGUUACUAAAGGUUGAUGCCUUAAAGGAAAAAGCAGACGAAGUUUUGAAUGGCGCAGAAUGUUCUGAAUUGCGGUGUCUAUAUAAUAGGUGUCCAAAUUUGAAGUCUCGUUACUUAUCAAGUAGAAGAGCCACAAAGAAGACUAUUGAGGCUGAUAAGCUUAAAGUGGAAGGAACAUUUGAGAGGGUGAGCAAUCCUCGACCGCCGAUGCAAACGUUGAACCUAACUCACCAUAAGGGUUUCGAAACAAGGUUAUCAAUUAAGAAGAAAAUCAAGGAAGCUCUAAAGGACGAAGAUAUUAGCAUAAUUGGGAUCUGUGGCAUGCCUGGAGUUGGUAAGACAACAAUGGCAAAGGAAAUAGUCAAUGAAGUCAAAGAUGAGAAAUUAUUUGAGGAGGUUGCAUUUGUAGUUAUAUCGAACAAUCCAGACAUAAAGAAAAUUCAAGAUCAACUUGCCGAUGUCCUUGGUCUAGAAAUUAAAGAAAAGACAGAUGAAAGCGUGAGAGCUGGACGACUUCGUCAAAGACUCGAAGGUACCAACAAGAGCAUUCUUGUAGUAUUGGACGAUGUGUGGGAAGAAAUUGAUUUGGGAACUAUAGGAAUUCCAUCUCCACGCGAUC